AUGGCCACCACAGACACGGACGAAACGCAGGACGGACUAUCCAGACUCUCGCUGGAGGAUGCCGAGAUAUUGAGCCCUCAACAGAUGUUGAACGAGUUCGAGGUCGUCCAUAUUUGCGCUCCAAUGGUCCGAUAUUCUAAGUUACCAUUUCGACAGCUCGUCUCCGAGUACGAGACCCACAUCACUUUCACCCCGAUGAUCCUUCAUCGAGUUGCCAAACGCAAGGGAAUUUCUAGGUACGUAGACGGGAUCGAUAUCAACUGCGGAUGUCCGCAACAAUGGGCAUGCAAAGAAGGCAUUGGCUCGGCCCUCCUGCGCAAGCCUGACUUGGUCCGUGAGUUGGUCCGUUUUAUCAAAGUCUCGUGUGGCCAAGAUUUCCCAGUAUCGAUCAAGAUUCGAAUAGAUGACGACUUGAGAAACACUUCUCAACUGAUCAAAACUGCGAUCCAAGCCAAUGUUUCGAUGAUCACGGUGCAUGGUGAGUACCCAAGAUUGCCUAAGCAAAGAAAAGCAGGAAAAGAGAUGAGGCUUAAAGGGGUGAAUGAUGGUAGGACAGUCCCGGUGGUUGCGAAAGGGGACAUCUUCUCCUUGGAUGAUGCGAGGAAGAUCCGUGAGAUGUGUGAGGUGCAUGGGGUGAUGAGUGCGCGAGGAUUGCAGGAAAAUACGGCCCUGUUUGCUGGGUAUGAUCGGAUCCCUCUUGCAGGUAUCCAACGUUUUCUGAGUCUGUCGGCCCAAAAUGGAUUCAUGUUCCCGCUGUUCCAUCGGCAUUUAGCUGACAUGUUAGGCCCAUGGUUCUCGAGUCAAGAAGAAAAGAAGUUCUUCAACAUGUUAUCGAGUCCUCCUUUUGUCAUCGAUUUCUUAGAGGAAACUUAUAAUAUUCAACCUCCACCAUUACCUGAAAUUAUCUUUUGA